GUUCACAGAGUGGACCAGGUCGGUAUAAAAGUAUGUCACUCACCUAGUUCUGGCACUCUGUUCACAGAAGCGGCCCCUGAACGUUCUUCCUCACUGACAAGAUGCUGCGGUUGGUUAUUCUUGGACUCCUAGCCUCAGUGGCCUUUUCGUUUAGAACUGAGCUGGACGGGGAGUGGGAAAUCUUCAAGAAGACCUACAGCAAACAUUAUGAUACGACGAGCGAGUUUAUCAGACGGUUUGUCUGGGAGUCUAAUGUGGCCUACAUUCAACAACACAAUCUGGAGGCGGACCGUAAUCUGCACACCUACCGUCUCGGCGUCAACGAAUACACCGACCUGACGAACGCAGAAUUCAACCGAAUGAUGAACGGAUACAGAAUGAGCGAGACACCCAGCGAGGCUGAAACGUUUGUGGCGACCGAGACUAACGAUCUUCCCACUGAAGUUGAUUGGCGCACUAAGGGCUACGUCACGCCAAUUAAAAAUCAGAAACAAUGCGGCUCAUGCUGGGCUUUCUCUUCGACUGGUUCUCUGGAAGGACAGCAUUUUAAGAAAAGCGGUACACUGACGUCAUUGUCGGAACAAAACCUCGUUGACUGUUCCAGAAAAGAGGGCAAUAUGGGCUGUGGCGGCGGUCUGAUGGACUAUGCCUUCACCUACAUCAAGAAGAACAAAGGAAUUGACACUGAGACAUCCUACCCAUACAAAGCUAGAAACGAAAGAUGCCACUUUAAACGGGAAGACGUUGGCGCUACCGACGUCGGUUUCGUGGACAUUGAGCGAGGUAGCGAGUCGUCGCUGAUGCAGGCCGUCGCCACCGUGGGUCCGAUCGCGGUGGCCAUCGACGCCAGCAACCCGUCGUUUCAGUCGUACAAGAGCGGCGUGUACAGCGAGCGUUCCUGUAGCUCGACGAGACUCGAUCACGGAGUCCUCGCCGUCGGCUACGGCACACACGAGGGAGACAAGUAUUGGCUCGUCAAGAACAGCUGGGGAGAAAGCUGGGGAAUGAAAGGCUACAUCAUGAUGUCGAAGGACAAGGACAACCAGUGUGGAAUAGCGACGUCCGCCAGCUACCCCAAGGUCUGAGUAGGAUCGAUCAUAUUCACCUUACAGCAAGUCUCAUCUCAACACUGCAUUUCACGAUCGUCAUCUGUUGUCAUCUAAUGUUUUAUAUAUAUAAAAUAACAAUUUAAGUUUUAUAUUAAAAAUAAACUUUAAUUUGAU